CUGGGCCAUGAACAACUUCGGUAGGCGUCCCCUGCAUGCCACCUACGCAUCGCUUGCACUGAUGUUUUUUGGCUUCGCCGUUGACCAUACGCACACCGUCGUCAAAACUACGACAUCAUCCAACGUAAGCACGCGUAGCUGUUUGUCCGAACUUGUCCCGCAUUCCACGCGUGCGAUUCGCGUUGUCCGAAACUGUCCCACACUGAGACUCGGGCGCAGCCAGCUUUUCGGUAAUGGCAUUCGGAAAUUGUCCUGCCCUGACCCACCAGACUAGCAGCGCUUGGAAAGCACCUGAGAACAGGUAUGACAUCCGGUUGCAG